AUGGAUCCAACCCCCCAGGCCCCAGAACGACUCUACCACGUCCUCCUGACAAUAUCACACAUUGGCAAGAACCCCAACAACGUCGUCGAAAAAGUGCGCGUCCCGGGUACGUACACCUCGCUCCUGGCCGCAAAGGCCGCCGCGCACAGCUGCCUGUUCGACGCCGGCUACGAGAAGGAGUUUUUCGAGACGUACGAAAUCAACCCGGGCCACCACCCGGGCGAGGUAGACAACGAUGAUGAAGAUAAAGAACGCAACGCGGGCGUCAUGAUUCACGCAACGGCCACGGACGGGACCGUCUUCCGCGUGCGCAUCAAGAGCUCGGCGAACGACGCCGGCGCGCAGCUGACGAGCGACCUCCCCGACGGCCGCAUCGCCGUCCCACUGUACUACGUGAUCCAGGCGAGCGUCGACAUCUCUAAUACGCUUGGAGCUGUUUAA